AUGACCGAACCCCAUGAGCCGAAUAUCCCUGUCAAGCCUUCCGCCAUGCAUGUUGAAGGGUCGGGCAUCCCGACCGAUACUGGAAAAAUCCACAAUGGCGACGCAGCUCUGGCCCUUUUUGAGAAUCUGGAAGACAUGCAUGAAACCUUCGAGCCAGGAGAAGAGAAAAAACUUGUUCGCAAGAUUGACUUGAUGAUUCUACCUUUUUUAUCUGUUUGCUAUGCAUUCUAUUAUAUCGACAAAACGACCUUGUCUUACGCUGCCAUUUUUGGAAUCAAAGAUGACUUGAACCUGACUGGCACCGAAUAUUCAUGGCUUUCGAGUGUGUUUUAUUUUGGCUUUCUGGUUUGGUCCCUGCCAACCAAUCUGCUAAUGCAGCGAUUUCCCAUUGGCAAGUAUUUGGGCAUCAAUAUAUUUCUCUGGGGAUUUUUCCUCAUGCUACAGGCAGCUGCAAAGAAUUUUACACAACUCGUGGUUCUACGGGUCAUAUCGGGGGCGGCUGAAGCCUGCAGUGAUCCGGCUUUUAUGCUGAUCACGAGUAUGUGGUACACCAGACGACAGCAGCCAAUUCGCAUCGGAUUAUGGUACACUGCCAAUGGCUUUGGUAUCGCCGUAGGUGGUUUACUCGGCUACGGUAUUGGUCAAAUAAAAGGUGAACUAUCAUCGUGGAAAUACGAAUUCCUCAUCAUCGGUGCACUGUGUGCCUGCUGGGGUAUCGUGAUGAUUAUUUUUCUUCCCGACUCUCCAGUCACCGCGCCUCAACUAUCCAAUCGCGAAAAGCGUCUGGCAAUUGAGCGUCUGCGGGACAACCAGACUGGUAUUGAAAACAAGAAUCUCAAGCCCCGGCAAAUCCUUGAGGCCUUCACAGACUGGAAGGUCUGGCUGUUUUUCCUUCUAGGAUUCUCAGGCAACAUUCCCAACGGUGGUAUUUCAAACUUUGGGACUUUGAUUAUCAAGGGAUUCGGAUUCUCAACCUUGCAAACCACAUUGAUGCAGAUCCCCUAUGGGGCAUUCAUCUCGUCAAUGAUUCUUAUCGCGGUAUUUGUCAAUGAUCGACUACCUCCGAACAAUCGAUGCAUCGUGGCUAUCUUAUUUUUGCUUCCAAACUUGGCAGGUUCAUUUGGUUUGCACUAUGUUCCAGACUCGAACCAAGUUGGACGCUUGAUCUGCUACUACCUGACGGGAUCUUACAAUGCUUCCUUUGUAAUCAUCUUGUCCAUCUUAACAGCCAAUAUUGCUGGACACACUAAGAAGGUAAUCACAAAUGCCAUGAUCUUCUUGGGGGUGUGCGCGGGCAACAUUGCCGGUCCAUUCUUUUACAAGACGGACCAAGCUCCCGUGUACGCUCUCGGUAUUUGGUCUAUGAUUGUGGCAAACUUUGUCGAGAUCGCUCUCAUAUUGGUGCUUGGCUUUUCACUUGCUUGGGAGAAUCGACGCCGGGACCGGCUCCAGGGGGUUGCUCCGGGUGAUGAUUCGGACUACAUGCGACAGCUUGAGUUGGAUCGGUCUGCGUUCAGUGACUUGACAGACAAGGAGAACAUGAAUUUCCGAUAUCUAUACUGA